AUGGCAUCGGUUGAAGGAUCGGCCGAGAACAACCUCCCAGUUCCAGGAUUCCACGGCCAAAUGAAAGAAAAUCUAUCCAACUCGUGUAAAAUUCUCGAACCAGCACGUAAGACAAUCGAAAGCAUUGAAGCGCAACGGCUGAUGGCGGUACUAGAUGAUACGAUUUAUAGACUAGAGAUAGUGAUGGCUUUACAACAAGUGAUUCAGCAACUACCACGGUUUAAAGUCAUGCUUGGCUCUGAUCUGGUUGAGUUAUUGGAAAGUCAUGAAGCAAGGCAGAAUCACUACCAGAAAACAGCUGCUCGGUUACAAAAGGAAAACCUAAAGAUGACGAUAGCCGUUGCGCCACCUUUGAUUGACACUGGUAUCCAUGGCGACGGCCAAUCACAAGGCGAGCAGUCUGCUGAAGUUCGUGUCGAUGUUGAGGGAAGUGAAGAGUGGAAGAUGUUGAAGAAGGAUACGAUUAUUGCUCAGCAGGGCUUGAAGUAUUCGCUGCUGGAUAUUUUGAGAUAUUUCAAGAAAAACCCGAAAGCAGUCGAGGUUAUUUUAGAUCUAAAGCUCCCGUGUGCCCCAGCAUAUCGACGUUUCCUUGAUCACAUGGAUCUACUACAAACUGUCGUCAAGGAGAAACUACUCACACAACCAGCUGAGGAAAUCAAGCGAAAAAAAUCUAUCAUUGAUGUUCUGAAACGAGAACGGAGAACCAACGCAGCCAAGCAAAAACUGGAGACGAAAUAUGAAGAUGCGUUAAAGGACAAGAACGACGAGGACGAACUUGAUCGAAUUCAAAAAAUCUACGAGUCAGAAAGAGAAGAUUUGUCUGCACUUGAAAAUGAAUUCAAAGUCAUAGAAGCAAAAUACGAAGCGAUUUUGGAAGAAAAACGUCAAGCCAUCGAAGCAGCGAAGAGAAGAGAAGAAGAAAUAGCGAAAAUCAACUAUGCAGCUAGAAUAAUACAAAGUGCUUGGAGAAGCUAUGUAUUWAGGAAAGGACAGAAGAAAAAAGCACAGAAAAAAGCAGGGAAAAAGGGAAAGAAAAAAUAA